CCUAUAAACAUGAUUGCUGGAGUUGGCUGGAGGGAAUCUAUAGGUUGUUUGGGAACACUACGAGUUAGUAAGGUUGUAUUACAUAUGGAUUCAAAGACAUCAAGACGGUCAAACACUUGGUAAAACAUCGUUAUUUUUUUUAUAAGAAGUAAAGAUAUCGUUAUUUAAAGUCAUCUUAAUUAUGUGAUUUUGGCUGAGGUCAAAAAUUGAUUGUUUCGCUCUUGAUGAGUGUGGACAGAGUAUUGUGUGUUCGAGUGACGAAAAUUUGUGCAUCGAAUGAAAGGGGUGAACAUUUUUCUCAUCUUUCUCACUUCCUAAGUUACGUGUUAUAUUUGGAUCCAUUUAGAAUUGAAAUUCGUCGAUUAGCUGAUGAAUAAAUAUUGUGGCGCAUCUCAAAUAAAAAAAUAUUAAGAUUUGUUGUUGAAUCCUAUUUUAUUUAUUUUCACCGAAAUUAUUAAACUCGGAUUUGAUGAGUUCAGGAUUGAAACUUGCUGAUCGCUAAUUUAAUUUUAUAUUGAAAUUAUUAGAAACAAGUUUUGUUUCCUUUUUAAGAAGGAAUUUAAUUUUGUUACUAGGGUAAAGGUCCAAUCAGGUGCGAGCUAGCACCCACUCUUUUAAUAAAAUGCAGACCCGCGAAACGGCGGAACCACAUGCGCAAAACGGCGAAAAUAUCCUAAGAAAAGUAAAAGAGAAAAGAAAUCAGGGGAAGAAGAUUUUAGGCCAGGGUAGGGUUUAAUAGUGAGAGGCCGCGUCUCUCCGCCACUUCUUUCUUCUUCUUCUCCUCCCUCUUCCAGCUACCGAAAACGCCGACGCUAAGAAACCAACAGAAAUCCCCGGGAUCGCCGUUCUCCGGCAUCGGGUCGCCCACUUCUCGUCUUCUUUUGCGUCUGCGAGAUCGAUUGGGGUAACAAUUUGGGGGAAACCAUGGAGAGUUCGGUAGUGACGGAGCAGAGGAGCGACACUUUGUUGGUCGGCAAAGUCGGAUCCUCGUCGUCGGCGGCUGAAAUUUCCGUUGCGUCCACUUCAUCGUUUGUUACUGCGGCGAUGAUGCAGCGGAGGAUAGAGUUCCACCCGGCGAGGAAGCAGUACAGCGGAUUGGGGUCGUGUCGGGAUUUCCCGAUCGAGACGCUGAACCCUGAUUCGUCGAAGAGGCCGGCUAGGUUGGAGGAGCUGACGACGACGAUGUCGCGGCAGGUGGUUAAGAGAGGCGAUGGGACGGCGAUGGAUUUGUGGGAGAGCGAGAUCAGUAGCUUCGAUAUUACAUUUCAGAGAAUUGGUGCUGGUUUGCGAAACAUCGGGAACACUUGUUUCCUCAACUCCGUGUUGCAAUGCUUGACUUAUACAGAACCUUUGGCAGCAUAUUUACAAAGUGGCAAGCACAAUAGUUCUUGCCGCAUUGCUGGGUUUUGUGCCUUGUGUGCCAUCCAGAAACAUGUCAACCGUGCGUUACGAUCUACCGGGAUAUCGUUUGUACCUGAUCUUGUUUCGAACAUGCGAUGUGUAUCUCGAACUCUCAAAGUUUCUAAGCAGGAAGACGCACAUGAAUACUUGGUGAACUUACUGGAAUCAAUGCACAAGUGUUGUUUACCAUCAGGAGUCCAGAGCGAGUCACCUGCUGCUUAUGAAAAAAGUUUGGUGCACAAAAUCUUUGGCGGUCACCUGCGUAGUCAGGUGAAAUGCCAGCAGUGUUCUUACUGCUCUGACAAAUUUGAUCCAUUUUUGGACUUGAGCCUUGAAAUAAACAAAGCAGAUGCCUUACCUGUAGCACUCCGGAACUUCACUGCUGCAGAAUUGUUGGACGGUGGAGAGAAGCAUUAUCAAUGUCAACAAUGCAAGCAGAAAGUCAGGGCCACGAAACGUCUCACGAUUCAUAAACCACCCUAUGUGUUGAGCAUACAUUUGAAGCGGUUUUUUGCCCAUGAUCCUGGAAGGAAGGUUGGGAAGCAAGUUUCUUACGAGCGUACCUUGGACAUUAGGCCAUUUGUCAGCAAUCCCAAUGAAUGCAACUUGAAGUACAGUCUUUAUGGUGUUCUAGUUCAUCAUGGAAGCAGCACCCGCUUUGGUCAUUAUGUCUGCUUUGUUCGCACCUCGACUGGGAUGUGGUACUGUCUGGAUGACGAAAAGGUUCACCAAGUUGGCGAGAAGACUGUUUUAAAUCAGAAGGCUUAUAUGUUAUUUUAUGUUCGCGACAGAACGAAAGUGGCUCCAAGGAGACAACUUGACGAGUCUAAAAAAGACAACAGUAUGAAAGCCCCACUUGUUAGUAACAUGCUUAACAUGGUUGUUAAGCAAACGCCAAAUGGUGUGUCAAAGGAGGCUCUACCGAUGGAAGUACCAAUCAAACAGAGGAAUGAGCCAGCAAAGGCUACAUGCUACGUUCAAAACCCAGUUCCCGUUUCGGCAUCUUCUGCCAAGGAACCAUUGCUCGUUGACCCUGCUCUAGGAGAAUGCCUUAAAACUUCUGCACAAUCUGUGACUGAGAAUGUCAGUCCCACCCCUGAACCGAAAGACUGCACCGUCUCAUUUACAUCAGGACCAAGUGUCUGUGGUAGUGUUUCUUCGUGCUCCAGUGAUGAGCGAAACAUGGUAACUCGCAAGCUCACCUCUUAUGAGUCUUUGCAAAAGUCUAAUUCCGCUGUAACCGUGGUGGUUGAAGUGCCUUCUGGAUGUGCUGGUGAUAAGACAUCAAAUGCACCUAGUUUGACUGCAUCGAUUGGGGAUCAGAAUCAAGUAGAUCAUGCACCACCACAAUGUGAUCCCAGUUGUGAGAAGAAUCAGGAUGGGGGCAUUCAUGUUAACAAAACAGUGGAUCAGGCAGGCCAUAAAGUUGAAGUAGCCGGCAAGGAGUGCGAUGUGCAAAGUGCUCCUGGUAGCAGUUCAGAGAAAAGAGAUAAAAAGAAGCAUCUGAAGCACCAUAUUCAUAAACUGCAUCUUGGUACAAACUUCUUCAGGACAUCUCUCAGGCAUGACAUAAAGAAAAAAAAUAAAAGGAGGAAACGCCGCAGUUCAGACAGACUGAAGCUCCUGAAGCAGCAGCAGUUGGAGGAAGCCAAGAGUCUUUCAUCUGAAAUGGAGCCGUCAACUUCCAAGAACUUUGCUUCUCCGUCUAGUUCAGCAAAUUCUCGGAAGAAGAAGAGAGCUAAGCCCCAUUAUAAGGAGGAUUGUGCGGGCAUCAAUUCCCAAGAAGACAUGAUUGGGGAUUUGUCACAAAGAACUGGUCAGAAUGGUACUAUCCUUGCAACAGCUGAGCAAUUGCAGAAGAGCUCCGUCUCUAACUCUGCAGCAAACAGGCAGGAUGCUAACAGCAUGAUAGGAAAUGUUAAAACAGAUGCAACGAAGAUUGGUGUGGCAGAUUUCCUUGCACAAGGUUUGAAGCAGGCAGCAGUCUUGUGUUGGGAUGAGGUAAAUCCAUCUCGAACCCAUGAAUCAAAUGGUGCAGAGGUUUUGAGCAUUGGUUACGUGGCAGAUGAGUGGGAUGAAGAAUACGAUCGAGGUAAGAGGAAGAAGGUUAGGGAGUCUAAGGAAGACUUCAGUGGACCAAAUCCUUUCCAACAGGUUGCUUUCGAGAAGUCGAGACAGCACCAGCACAAGGAAGCGAAAGUAGAUGGAAAAUGGAGGCGGAAGGAAAAACGAAGGCAAAGACAAACCGCAUGAAAAAGAAUCACACGAUCCACUCCGUCGGAACAGUUUGUAAGAAUGCUACUACUACCAUCACUGAUUUGUCGACCUGAUGAAUGUUUUGUAACUCUGUCUGCCAGCAUUAAGUUGAGGUUUGAUACCAAGAGAAUCAAACCGAUGGCGAAAAUUUUGUAUGUGUUCCUGUUUUGUGUGUUCAUUUUUGCACUUUUCAGUAGAGGUGAGAUAUUAUUAUGAACACUCUUUGGAGGGAUUCUAUCUAUCAUGUUGGGAUUGUUGUGAAAACUAGUGAGCUUUGCUUUCAAUUAUUUUUGUUGAGAAAUGUAUCUACAACUCCAGACCUUCAUGAUCUAUUUGUUUCCCCCAAUUUUGAAUAACGGAAACCAUGCAUUCUACUUUGUGCAAAACUGGAUUAUGAUGUCUACUGUCUCCAUGGUUUGUGGUUAGGUCCAGAAUCGGACCAAAUUAGAUACGAGAUUAGAUAGAUAUUGGGUCUGAUUUGUCACAAGUGCUUUAAUCCUCCCCCUGGUGGGAAUGAAUUAUGAUAUUUGUA